AUGUUAGUGCGACCUAAUGAAUGCCUGCGCUGGCUGUUAUGGCUAUUAACUUUUAUCGUACUCUCUGAAGGACGAAUUCUUCCAAGCUGGUUUUGGGAUGCAUCGUCAAAUUUGGAAGUCUUUCCUGCAACCGUCUCAGUGAACCACGAUUUGUCAUUUACAAAUCCUAGUAGACCGACGGAUGCUGUUGAAAUACGAAGGCGAGAUGACGAACACAACGCAACUGAUACAAUAUCGUUGAUAACGUCAGAUGCAACAUCUUUGAGUCCAGCUCCAAAUGCGAUGUAUAGCACCCCCUCGAUGAACCAACCAUCAAAGACAUCGCUGGAUGAUAGCCCAACUCCGGAUAAGGAUGAUUCUACAGUUUUAAAUCCUCCUGGGACUAACGAGGAAUAUACACCUACACCAACACCAGAUAAGGAUACACCAACACCAGAUACACCAACACCGGAUACACCAACACCAGAUAAGCCUACACCAACACCGGAUACACCAACACCGGAUAAGGAUACACCAACACCGGAUACACCAACACCGGAUAAGGAUACACCAACACCAGAUAAGGAUACACCAACACCGGACACGCCCACGCCCACGCCGGAUACACCUAAAUCAACACCGGACACACCUAAAUCAACACCAGACACACCUAAAUCAACACCAGACACACCUAAAUCAACACCAGACACACCUACACCAACACCGGAUACACCUACACCAACACCAGUAAAAUCAACUUCGAGUACAACAACCUCGAGUACAACAACCUCGAGUACUACCCCUACCCCCACCCCCACACCAACGUCUAGCACCACCACUUCGAGCACAACCCCCACACCCGCGCAACAAAAACCUACUUCAAGUACAACUACUUCAAGUACAACUACUACUCCUACGUCUAGCACAACAACUUCGAGUACUACUACUACUCCUACGUCUAGCACAACAACAUCUAGUAGCUCAAGUACCGAAACUUCAAAACAGACUAGCGCUUCCUCUACUGCAACAGCCUCAGAUCAAUCAAAAGUAACUCCUGGAUCAACAAGCGGAUCAUCAACAACUGAAAGUAAAACUGAAACAGGCAGUGAAACUUCAACUGUAUCAUCAACUGUAACAAGCAGCAGCACUACGAAUACAGAGACUUCAAGCUCCUCUAGUAUAUCUGCUGCAAGUACGGUGUCUAACUCUGUGGCAAGCGAGGCAAAACCAACAGGUUCUAUAACUUCGACAACUCCAACUACAAGCACUAGUUCUAGUACCAUUACCACCCAAAAUUCUCAAUCAACUGAUGUCACAUCACUAAGCUCCCAAACCCAAUCACCAUCAGCAUCUGGGCUGACUUCAACUGUUCUCAGUACUACCCCCACAACUGAGAUACAAGCAAGCUCCACAGAACAAGUGUCUAUUAGCACAACACCUUCCACCAGUGUAACUACACAGGUAUCUACCCCAUCUCAAUUUCAAUCUUCAAUUCUUACUCAAAGUAAUACAGUGACUACUGCUAGCCCUAGUUUCACUGCUCUAACAUCCACUGUUUCACAAAGCACGCUUCCACCUGUCAUAUCUGCGGAGACUACCGUUUCUCCUAGUUUCAGUACCAUUCAUGGAACAACUUCCAUCGAAACGGCAUCCCAGACAUCGAUAAUACCCAUAUCAAACCCAUUUUUCACACAAACAAAGACAUCUUCUUCUUAUCCAUCAGCUAGCAACGCUGUAGAGUCUACGUCGUUACAAGCUUUACAGACUCAACAUCCAACGUUGUCCUCUUUGACCGUAUCAGGUUCUGCAGCUCCAACUACUAACACAGUAGGCACCCAAACAUCCUCAAAAUCCAUUUGGCUACCAACAUCUCUUGUGGUUGAUACUUCUACAUCGAAUACAGCUACCAGUAGCACAUCGAUAGACCUUGGAGCUACAUCUACCUUACCUCAAGCCAUCAAUCCAGCAACACCGGUAACGGUUCCUGAGGGGUACACUGUUAUUACAAUUGGAUUUAAAGAGCCUUUGAAUUAUCCAUUUUUAAUUUCCAAUCCUUUGGCAUCUGCCCAGAUAUUCAGCUUCUUACCAAAAGUUGUAACAUAUCCUUUUAGUUCUGCAUCGUCUGGUGGAAUAUCCGUAUAUCGUCGUAUGCUCAAUGUCAUCAAAAGAGAUGAGAAUUCCCCAUCUGCGUCAUCUUCUCCACUCACUUACACAGGUGUUCAAGUAAGAUCUAUUGUGCCUCUUACAAUAAAAAAUAUCAGUUAUAUUGUUUCGAUAGCUGAAGUCAUCUUUCCUGAGAAGUCUGUCCCUACUCUACAAAAAAUGAUAUUGGAUUCUAACUCAGCUUUUUAUACUAAUCCGGUAACGUAUUUGUCAAAUCUCGCAGAGUUAAUUGACCCUUCAAUACCAUUAACUGGCCUGACAUACAGUGGAAGCUCAUCUUCUUCUGGCGAAAAUGGAUCUGGGAGUGGAUCUGAUAGUAAUGGCCAUGGUUCAAGCGGUGGACCGAAUGAUACUGAAAAGAAGAAGGGAAGUUCUUCAAAUAACUCUACUCUCUGGGGAUCCUUAGAUGCUGGUCUUACUUCGGGAUUUCCCAAUCAUUCUACCGCUGUUAGAUUUAUUUGCAUAGUGACUACGUUAACAGCAGCUACCUUGUUUCUAAUAUGGCUGUUCUUAUUAGGAAUAAGGCGUCUCUACAAAGUAACAAAGGCAUCUGAAAGGCUAAAGCUUCCAGAAAAGGACUGGCCAGAAAUAGUGGUUCCCUACAACCACCAGGAUAAUGGUAGUAUAGCAAGUGGCCCAAAAAAUAUUUUCUACUCUGGGUCACAUUCCUCUGGUUCCGAUUCCACAGGAUCUGCUUUGGACAAUAAUGAGUAUAUUGAUGAAGACUUGGUGAUCACUGGAGAAAAUACAGUGUAUAGCAUAAGCCAAGGUAUCACUUAUUACGUUGAUGCAGAAGGUAACUUCUUUUUCGCUGGAGUUGGAAAAGAUCCGCCUAUUAGAAAGUCCAUUCAUGAACUGGGAGUAGCAUCAGAUAUUCCUGUGAGCCAAAAUAUUGAAAAAUCUAUCCCAGCCUUCAAUGGAGAAGACGCAAUAAACACUCCGGAAGAAUCAGCAUCCCUAAAUUUAGAAGACUUAGAAGUCGACGAAGAUGGAAAUGUUGCGUUGCCAGAGUCAGACUUAGAAAAAACUAUUCUUCAACAUGUCUCAUCAGAAUCAAAUAUGGCAGUUAGUAUGUCACCAAUGGACACUAUGCAUAAUGACAAUUUACAACAGGUCCAAGCGAUGUUUCCUUUGUCUUCUUCGAGCGAUGAACAUGUAUAUACAGAUACAGAUGCAUUGGCAACCACAGUUACAAAGACGCUACUAUCAUCUAACGGUUCAGCUGGAAUUCUUGAUCUUGCUGGUAAAAGUGGAACAUACGAUGAAUAUCUGUAUGAUGCAGCUCAAGAAGAUAUCGAUGAUCCGUUAGCACUGAAGAAUUCUAUUGCUGGUGAUUACAAUAGCAGAGGUGUGUCUUCUAUUGACAUACAAGACCAGAUGGAUAUUGAUAUCGAAGACUACGACGAUGAUGUCAGUGAUGUGAAUGUCGGCGAUUAUGAUGAGUUUGACGAGGAGAUGUACCGUCAUCUAUCUCGAUCAGACCUUCUACCGAAUUUUGGCGGGGAAUCUCUAAUCCAGGGUUCUAAUUUGACCUCUGUGCAUGGUAAUAGCACUGAUAGUGGUAUUUCAUUUAAUAUGCAUACUAAUCUCGGCUCAUAUGGAGAGGCAAGAACGUCUACAAUAUCAUCAAGUAACGUGCCACAUGUUGCAGCACAAUCUGACAAGGCAACAAUUCUAAAGAGACCAGAACGACCAUCUGUAGUGUUCAGUUUUGGCGGAAUGUAUGAUCGAACGUCAUUUCUCGAUAAUGACAGCAGCCUAGUGAAUCCAUUCGAAAAUAAUACAGAAGAAAAAAAAUCGAAGUCUAAACGUAAUUCGAGAAAUUUGUCAAAAGAAUUUGCCGCUGAACUUGGUAUCACAGAAGCCGAGUUAAAAGCCAUGGAGAGACAUCCUUCUGACAAUUAA